UUCAGUGGCUAUGAGAAAAUAACACAAGCAUUGAAAACGCCCAUUUCCACCAUCAGGGCAAUAAUUAAGAAGGUCCAGUCAACUGGAAAUGUUAUGAAUCGACCUGGAAUUGGACGUGUGUCUAUAUCGUCCCAACACACUGUGAAAGGACGGUUCGAGUGGAUAAAAAUCUCCAAGGAUCACAGCUGGAGAGUUGCAGAAGUUAGUUGUGUCUUGGGGUCAGAAAGUCUCCAAAACUACAAUCUGAAGACACCGACAUCACCACAAGCUGUUUGGAAGGGUUUGAAAAAAAAGCCUCUACUCUCAUCCAAACACAAACUCGAGCGUCUUCAGUGUGCAGACACGACUGGAACUUCAAAUGGGAUCGGGUUCUACGGUCAGAUGAAACCAGAAUAGAGCUUUUUGGUAAUAAACACCAGAGGUGGUUUUGGAGCACACAGAGAGGUGGUGAAGAAAGCGGACAUGGUGGAUAAGAACAUGAGUGAUCAGAUGCGGGCAGAGAGAGACGCUCUGGCCCUCAGCAAAAGCCCCUUCAUCGUGCACCUGUAUUACUCCCUGCAGACGGCCAGCAAGGUUUAUUUGGUCAUGGAGUACCUGAUCGGCGGUGACGUGAAGUCUCUGCUCCACGUCUACGGCUACUUCGACGAGGACAUGUCCCUAAAAUACAUUUCCGAAGUGGCACUAGCUUUGGAUUACCUUCACCGACAUGGCAUCAUUCACAGGGAUCUGAAACCUGACAACAUGCUGGUCAGCAACGAGGGCCACAUCAAGCUCACUGACUUCGGCCUCUCCAAAGUGAAACUCGACAGGGAAUUGAACCUUCUGGAUAUACUGACCACGCCCUCUCUGGCCAAACCGAAGAAGGAUUAUUUCCGGACGCCUGGUCAAGUUUUGUCCUUGAUAAGUUCUCUCGGUCUUAAUACGCCAGUGGUGGACGGGAAGCGUCACAGCAGCGCCUCGGCCAUGGCCAGUCCUAUGUCGUGUGGAAAAGCCGGGCUGAGGAAGAGCUCGCUUUGUUCGCCGCUGUCGGCUAGAAGACGAGAGCUCCUGCAUUCCCCGAUCUGCCUGUCACGAGGCCUCGGAGCUAACAGUGUGUUCAGUCCCAGCUUGCUGGCCAAAAGUCUGACGCCGAGGCUGAUGAAAUCCAGGAAGAGGUUCGAGUCUUUAAGUGUCGGCAGUGCUCAGUCGUGCCUGCUGCCGUCCAGCGGCUCGGAGAACUGCGUCAGCCCGCUGUGGGAGGACGAGCAGUUGCAGAAAUCAGGAGCUGAUGAAAACGUCCCGCCUCCAAACAUGAAGGGCGGAGUCGACAAAUCUGGGCACAAACUUCCGGCGCCCGCUGUGGAGGGAAAGAUGAGCGGUGAGAUGUGGGUUCCUGGAAACAACGCUCCUCACACACCGCUUCACAACUCGGACCCGAGGUCGAGAAAUCUCCGGCUUGAGAUAUCCGUCAAGCCGGAGGUUUCAGCAGGAAAGAGACUGAUGUUCACCGAGUCUGAUCUCUGGGUGACGCCUGGUAAGACUCCGUUCAAACCGUCAUGCGAGAACAGUGUUAGGAAGCCUGAGAGGAGCUUACCGGGUGUUUGUAGGUCCUUGGAGAAUGGAUCUGCUCUAAAACCGGGCUCGUCUGUGAAACGAGGGUUUACGGAGGUGGAUAAAAGCCCCGAGCAAGCUGAGAUCCAGGCAAAGAAGCGCACCGGUGAAUACAAGCGGUGUUUUCCCGUUCCGGCGAACGACUCCAGGAUGCAUACGGGUCUGACCGGGAUUUUCUCUGCUGUCGGUUUGGGGAAUGGCGGAGGAAUCCCGAAACAGUCCAGCCCUACAAAAGUGACUAAGAAUCUUUUGUGUGAGCUGGAGGAACCGGGCGAGAACGUGCCCACGUCCGGCCUCACGUCCUCCCCGCGAGAGACGAGACGAAGCCUGAGCUUGGACUCUGAUAGCUCGGUUCACGAAAUGUCGGUGAUCACAAACACACCUCCUCCACGCGGAGAAAAAGAAGCGCUGGUGUCCUCAUUUGAGGAUGAAAAUGAAGCACCGUCUGUGUCAACCUCACCGAAGCAUCACGAGGAACACCGUCACCUCCACGUCGCCUCAAGCAGCCUUCUCAAAUCGCCUGCGUUUCUCAAGCCGAAGAACGUAGUGGUCUUCAGAAGCUACUGCAGCUCCAUCAACCGUUCCAACCUGUCCUACGGCUCGCGCCUCAGCUUGACCUCGAUGGACGGCAUGGAAGCGUCGACCUCGUUCCAGACCGCACCCACCGCCAUCACGCCUGUGCAGAAGAAGAGACCCAGCCUCAACAGCUCACUUUACCAGACGCCUCAGCCGAUGGCCAUGUCUCACACGCCUUAUCGUACACCUAAGAGUGUACGUAGAGGUCCGGAACCAGCGGAGAAUGCCCCGAUCCUCGGGACCCCCGACUACCUCGCCCCAGAGCUUUUACUAGGGAAACAUCAUGUUGCAGGAUCAGUUGCGUAUGACGUCAUGGUGGACUGGUGGGCGCUGGGCGUGUGCCUGUUCGAGUUCCUCACCGGCGUGCCUCCGUUCAACGACGAAACUCCUCAACUCGUCUUCCAGAAUAUUCUCAACCGAGAUAUUCCAUGGCCUGAUGCAGAAGAGGAAUUAUCCCCCAAUGCUCGAGGUGCCAUAGAGAUUCUCCUCAGUACAGACGUCACCAAACGGGCUGGGCUUAAAGAGCUGAAAGAGCAUGCGUUCUUUGCGGGUUUGGACUGGGACAAUCUCCAGAACCAGGCCAUGCCAUUCAUUCCCGAGCCUCAUGACGAGACAGACACGUCCUACUUUGAGGCGAGAAACACUGCGCAACACCUGGCUGUCUCGGGCUUCAGUCUCUAACACACACCCACACACACGCACACGCUCCCGUAGCUCGUCCUGGCCGACGCGGCGACGGAGAUCAUUUCCAGAUUAUGAAUGUAGCCACUGUUCUCCUUUCCGUAUCUGUUAAGACUCUUUGCUAACGUUUUAUGAUCGCACACUAUUGAGUCAGUUAAUCUGACUCGGGUUCAAAAAUAAUAAGAUUCAGUGCAGACAAAAACGGAUCAGCGCUCUACAUAUUACACACUUGUGUAUAUAGAUAUAAGCCCUGUCGGUAUUCGUUAAUAUCAUUUUAUUGUUCUGGGUGUCUGUACGAGUAACGUAUUGCUCCUGCUGCUAUGUGUGUAUAUAUCUGGGCUUUCCGGACGUCUCCAGGGAUGAUCUCACCUGCAAAACGGCGUUUCUUUUCGGCUAAUGUGCCACGCAGAAAAAACAAACAGAUUUUUAUGACGUUUCAGUGUGUUCCAUAUAACUAUUCCAUGGUGUACAAGUUUAAAUAAAAUCCCUUUAAUAUCGUCA